UGCAUGCCGAAUGCCGGGAGCCCGUCUAUUUUUAACGUGAGUGCAAAAUCCCAAUGCAAACGCACGCUUGCAAAUUUGGGGUUUGAAAUCAUUACUUUUUGGGAGAAAACAUUGUGGAAAAUAGAGAUUUUAAGAAAAUAUUUCGUCAGUUAUCAGCAGGGAACGAUGAGAUACGGAAAGGUUUACCGGCGGAUGGCCGGUGGGCCGCAACAGAGGCUAAAUUUGUUGCGGCAUUUUAUCACGGCACUGGUGAAGUACGAAAGGUUCGAGGCUCCGUACGCCAAGGCACACGAGACUCAGAAAUAUGCCGAGAGGCUGAUUAACAUCGCAAAGAGAGGUGACACGGACGAGGAAGCCAUGAAGAUCGCUGACUAUUGGCUGUCGGACAAGAAGCAAAUCCACAAGCUCUUUAAAGUCUUGGCGCCCCGCUUCAGGGACCAGCAGAAGAACUACACCCAGCUGCUUCGCGUUCCCGGCUUCAGCGGAGAGGGCAACGUGGCCAUGGCGUUCCUAGAAUUCCACGGGAACCCGUACCCGCCGCUCCGCCCCGUCAAAAAGAAGAACCCGGACUGGAUCGUGAACGUGCUGCUGCGCGAGGCGGUGCAGGAACUGAAAGCGUCCAGGGUCCUCGCAGAGGGGCGGAGCCGGCCCGAGGAGGGCGUCAUGACACAACUCGGGGAGGCGCUGGACAAUUUGCGGCUCGGGGAGUCUCCUGAGGGCGCCGUUGCAGACGGCCCCGGUGCGGACCCACAGAAAGAUGGAACGCCAGUAUGAUGGAACGUGUCUGUGUAUUCGGAUCAGAGACUUUCUAGGGAGGUUGCGUUGGAACAUUUUGUACAAAGGAUUGGGAAAGAUAGUGCCAGGGAUGGGUGGGAUAUUAUUGGUUAUCCCACGAGUACGAGGGGAACACAGAAUAAUGUAGCACGUCUGUGUAUUUGGCCUCAUGGAUGGCAUAUGGAACACAGUACAUUUCCUGCAUUCGACCGUUUCGACGAGUGCCAGUGAGACGACAAAUGUAUCUUCAAGCAAACUUUGACGUUCAGUAAAGAUGGAUUGAGAAGUACGACGUUAACUUCAACUGAUUUCUUCAAAUCAAAUGUGCACAGAUACACACACUUUCAGAUGGUUAUCUCAUUACAAGUGUGUGCAGUAGAAGUAGCCCAUAACAGCACUGUGUGCACCCAUCUUUGUAAACACCGGCAAUCGUGGACCACCUAUUGUCACUAAUCCUCAUUCCUUUCUUUGUACUCUUUUUAGCAACAGCUCUCAUUGGUUUUGUACACAAAUUUCAAAUGUGGAUGUUCGGUCAAUCGUUGAUACUUCAUUCACGCCCUAACUUUUUUGUCCCUUGUCCAUUAUUUCCGGUGUUUACAUACGGUGGUAUGUGGAACAUGGUAUAUGGCAAGAUAUACAAUGGAUUGUUGCCAUGGAUCGUUGCCAUGGAUCGUUGCCAUGGAUCAACGAAUCAUUAUCAAGGAUUCAAAUUGCUUGAAGAUAAUAUAUUUUUGGUGCCGACUAUAGACCCUUUUUUUCUUGACGUCACAAUAAAUCCAUCCCUUUGUUGUUACGUCUGUUAAUUAUACUGCA